CGACAGCUCCAGAGCUAGGAAGCCGAGGAACCUCGCGUCUGCGCGAGGGGAUGUCGUACCGCGGUUCUGCACCACAUUAGACCUUAUAGAUAGGUAUUUCACAAUCGAAAAUCCGUUUCGUGAAGUUUAAAGUCUGAUUUGACUGGCUCUAUCUCUGAUUUCUCCCGCAGCUUGCAGCAGUCGAGGUUUAGAUUCACAAGAUGACGACGAUAGUCGAAAGAACUCCAGAAGGCAUUUUCUACCGCGCCUCAAAGACCUACCCAGUUCCCAAUCUCGACAUCUUGACCUUGCUCUUCGACUCUAAGCACAGUCAAGCGAAAGAAGACACACCGAUCCAUAUUUCUGCCGCGGACCCAUCUUGGGUCCUAACUCUCUCGCGCGCACGAAAGCUCACCCAAGCUACCUCAGCAGCCCUACGCAAACAUUUCGGCAUUGGGAAAGAUGGACCAGGCAAAGACAUAUGCUCGGUAAUCUCUACAGGGCAUUACCUCCUCCCAACGCUCUUUUACGGUGUCAUUGGCGGAGGUGGCGUUUUCAGCGCUGCAUCUGCGGCAAGUACUGCCAGUGAGCUGUCAAAGCAAAUAGUAAGUGCUGGCAGUAAGAUACUGGUGACGUGCGAGACGACCCGGGACGUAGCUGUUCGAGCAGCGGAGGACGCGGGCUGGGGACGCAAUGGUGGCGGCAGGGUGGUGGUGAUGAGCGAGGGCGCAGAGUGGGAAUUAAGAAUCGUACAAGAGGGCGGUGGAGAAAGUGAGAACCUGAUUGACGAGGGUGAGAGACUGGACUGGGAGCGAAUCACGGACCCACAAGUACUGGAGAACAGUCUUGUGGUGCUGAUCUACAGCAGCGGAACGACUGGCCUGCCAAAAGGCGUCAAACUUUCACACACCAAUCUAGUAGCAGAAGCGGUCAUCCCCGGCGACAUGUUCAAGUCCUGGCUCACGACACGAAACUCUCGCACUGACCUACCACCCUUCGAGUAUCGCACCAUCGCACAUCUACCCGUCGCUCAUAUCGCUGGAAUCCAAGGAUACUUGAUCAACCCUUUCUACAUGGGCGGGCCAGUGUAUUGGAUGCCGCGCUUUGACUUUGUACAAUUCCUCGAGUACAACCAGAAAUAUCGCAUCUCAUUCUUCUUCACCGUGCCGCCAAUCUACCUGCUGAUAGCAAAGAGCCCGAACGUUACGAAUCAGUUCAAGACGCUAGAGAUAGCAAUCAGCGGCGCAGCACCCUUAGGAAAAGAUCUCCAGCACGCCGCAAGCCAGAAACUCGGCGGACCGGACUGCUUCAUAAGCCAGACUUGGGGACUCAGCGAGACCACAGGCAGUGCGACCGUCAUGCCAAUGGAUAUGAGUGACGAUACGGGUUCGGUAUCCCCUCUGAUCCCUUCCAUGUUGGCGCGCAUUGUCGACGACGAUGGCAAAGACGUAGAGCCUGGCAAACCUGGUGAGGUGCUGGUCAAGGGCCCUGUAGUCUGCAAAGGGUACUAUCAAAACGAGGCUGCAAACAAGGAGGCUUUUGUCGACGGUUGGUUCCAAACGGGCGACAUCGCUGAAUUCCGGAACGGCCUGUUCUACAUCGUGGAUCGCAAGAAGGAACUCAUCAAGUACAAGGGUCUGCAGGUAGCACCAGCAGAGCUCGAAGCACUACUGCUGAACCAUGAGGACAUUCUCGAUGCGGCCGUUAUUGGUGUUGAUGCGGAUGGAGGCACCAAUGAAGUACCACGGGCAUAUGUUGUUGCCGACAAGACGAAGAUCAGCGGGCAGCAGAUUGCCGAGUAUGUGAAGAAGAAUGUUGCGAGCCAUAAGCAGCUGAGAGGCGGUGUGAUUUUCAUGGACGUGAUUCCUAAGAGUCCGAGUGGAAAGAUCUUGAGGAAGGAUCUGAGACUAUUGGCAAAGAGGGAGCAGGGCGCCAAGCUAUGAGUAUCGGACGUCAGUCCAGCAAAGUGUCAGCAUCCAAGCUCAAGAUUACGGCGUAUAAAGAACA